CCGCAGUGCUGCCCGUCCCGCCCCGGCCCUUCGCUCCCGCUCUGCCGGCGGCCGCACCUGCUUCGGCCAUGACGAGCUUCGGCGGCGCCGAUGCGCUGCUGGGCGCCCCGUUCGCGCCGCUGCACGGAGGCGGCAGCCUGCACUACCCGCUGGGCCGCAAGGCGGGCACCGGAGGCACGCGCUCCGCGGCCGGCUCCUCCAGCGGCUUCCACUCGUGGGCGCGGACGUCCGUGAGCUCCGUGUCCGCCUCGCCCAGCCGCUACCGCGGAGCCGGCGCCGCCUCGAGCACCGACUCGCUAGACACACUCUCCAACGGGCCGGAGGGCUGCGUGGUGGCGGCGGCGGCGGCGCGCAGCGAAAAGGAGCAGCUGCAGGCUCUGAACGACCGCUUCGCGGGCUACAUCGACAAGGUGAGGCAGCUCGAGGCGCACAACCGCAGCCUGGAGGGCGAGGCGGCGGCGCUGCGGCAGCAGCAAGCCGGCCGCGCCGCCAUGGGCGAGCUGUACGAGCGCGAGGUGCGCGAGAUGCGCGGCGCCGUGCUGCGCCUGGGGGCGGCCCGCGGGCAGCUGCGCCUGGAGCAGGAGCACCUGCUGGAGGACAUCGCGCACGUGCGACAGCGGCUGGACGAAGAGGCCCGGCAGCGUGAGGAGGCAGAGGCGGCGGCGCGCGCUCUAGUGCGCUUCGCGCAGGAGGCGGAAGCGGCGCGCGUGGAGCUGCAGAAGAAGGCGCAGGCGCUGCAGGAGGAGUGCGGCUACCUGCGGCGCCACCACCAGGAGGAGGUGGGCGAGCUGCUCGGUCAGAUCCAGGGUUGCGGUGCCGCGCAAGCGCAGGCGCACGCCGAGGCGCGCGACGCCCUCAAGUGCGACGUGACGUCGGCGCUGCGAGAGAUCCGCGCGCAGCUCGAAGGCCAUGCUGUGCAGAGCACGCUGCAGUCGGAGGAGUGGUUCCGAGUGAGGUUAGACCGACUGUCAGAGGCGGCCAAGGUGAAUACAGAUGCCAUGCGCUCGGCGCAGGAGGAGAUAACUGAGUACCGGCGGCAGCUGCAGGCCAGGACCACGGAGUUGGAGGCGCUGAAAAGCACCAAGGAUUCACUGGAGAGGCAGCGCUCUGAGCUAGAAGACCGUCACCAGGCAGACAUUGCGUCCUACCAGGAUGCUAUCCAGCAGUUGGACAGUGAGCUGAGAAACACCAAGUGGGAGAUGGCAGCACAGCUCCGAGAGUACCAGGACCUGCUCAAUGUCAAGAUGGCCCUGGACAUUGAGAUUGCUGCUUACAGAAAACUCCUGGAAGGCGAAGAGUGUCGUAUUGGCUUUGGUCCAAGUCCCUUCUCUCUUACUGAGGGACUCCCAAAAAUUCCCUCCACAUCCACUCACAUAAAAGUCAAAAGUGAAGAGAAGAUAAAAGUGGUAGAAAAAUCAGAGAAGGAAACUGUGAUCGUCGAGGAGCAGACAGAAGAGAUCCAGGUGACUGAAGAAGUGACAGAAGAGGAGGAAAAAGAGGCCAAAGAGGAAGAAGGAGGAGAAGAAACGGAAGAGGGAGAAGUAACAUCUCCUGCAGAAGAGGCCGCAUCUCCAGAAAAGGAAACCAAGCCGCCUGUGAAGGAAGAGACCAAAUCCCCAGCUGAGGUAAAAUCUCCAACUGAGGUAAAAUCUCCAGCUGAGGCCAAGUCACCUGCUGAGGCCAAGUCACCAGCUGAGGUAAAAUCUCCAGCUGAGGCCAAGUCACCAGCUGAGGUAAAAUCUCCAGCUGAGGUCAAGUCACCAGCUGAGGUAAAAUCUCCAGCUGAGGCCAAGUCACCAGCUGAGGUAAAAUCUCCAGCUGAGGCCAAGUCACCUGCUGAGGCAAAGUCACCAGCUGAGGCCAAGUCACCUGCUGAGGCAAAGUCACCAGCUGAGGCCAAGUCACCUGCUGAGGCCAAGUCACCAGCUGAGGCAAAGUCACCAGCUGAGGCCAAGUCACCAGCUGAGGCAAAGUCACCAGCUGAGGUAAAGUCACCUGCUGAGGUAAAGUCACCAGCUGAGGCAAAGUCACCAGCUGAGGCCAAGUCACCUGCUGAGGUAAAGUCACCAGCUGAGGUAAAGUCACCAGCUGAGGCAAAGUCACCAGCUGAGGCAAAGUCACCUGCUGAGGCAAAGUCACCUGCUGAGGUAAAAUCUCCAGAGAAAGCUAAGACCCCUGUGAAGGAAGGAGCAAAAUCCCCAGCUGAGGAGUCCAAGUCCCCUGUGAAAGAAGUGAAGUCCCCAGCUGAAGUAAAAUCUCCAGAGAAGGCGAAGUCCCCAGUUAAGGAAGAAGCAACAUCUCCAGCCCAAACCAAGUCUCCAGAGAAGGAAGAAGCGGUCAAAUCUCCUGAGAAGGCCAAGUCCCCUGUGAAGGAAGAGGUCAAGCCUUCAGCUGAGGUGAAAUCCCCUGACAAGGCUAAGAGCCCAGUGAAGGAGGAAUCAAAGUCUCCUGAGAAGGCCAAGACUCUAGAUGUGAAAUCCCCAGAAGCUAAGACUCUAGGGAAGGAGGAAGCAAAGUACCCCAGAGACAUCAAGUCUCCUGAGCAGGCCAAAAGUCCUGCCAAGGAGGAGGUCAAGUCCCCUGAGAAGGUCAAGUCCCCUGAGAAGGAAGAUGCCAAGAAAGAAGAGGUGAAGUCCCCUGUGAAGGAGGAGGUGAAAGCCAAAGAACCCCCAAAGAAAGUAGAGGAAGAGAAGACCCCUGCUACCCCAAAAACGGAGGAGAAGGUGGUCAAGAAAGAUGAACCACCCAAGAAGGAAGCUGCAAAGCCCAAGGUGGAGGAGAAGAAGGAAACCCCAGUCGAAAAGCCCAAGGACUCCACAGUGGAAGACAAGAAGGAAGAGUCUGGAGAGAAGAAGAAAGCAGUGACCCCAGAGAAGGAGACUCCUGCCAAGGUGGAGGCGAAGGAAGAGGCUAAAUCCAAAGAGAAGACAGAGACCAAGACGGAAGUGGAUGACACCAAGGGCAAAGAGCCCAGCAAACCCUCAGAGAAGGAGAAGCCGCAGCAAGAAGAGACGCUGGCAGCCCCAGAGAAGAAAGACAGCAAGGAGGAGAAGGCCACAGAGUCCAAGAAGCCUGAGGGGAAGCCCGAGGCAGGGGCCAAGGCCAAGGAGGAUGACAAGGGCCUUCCCAAAGAGCCCAGCAAACCCAAAACAGAAAAGGCUGAAAAAUCCUCCAGCACAGACCAAAAGGACGGCCAGCCCCCAGAGAAGGCCACCAAGGGGGAAAAGUAGGGCCGUGACAGAGGAAGAUCCAGGAACAGCCAAAGAAACUCAGGAGGGUCCCAGUACUCAAGAGUCACAGUAAUACAUUUUAUUUCUUCCUUUCCUUUCUGUAAGGAGAAACACUGUUUAGAUGAUGGGCCUGCCCUCACCAAACAGGAAUUUCUAUUAGGAUUAAGUUAGCAAGAGAAGAUACCCUCAGCCCUGGCCCCCAACGCCCCAAGCCCGCCCCAGGUGAUGGACAGUUAUGAUAGCUUAUUGUAGCCGAACGUGAUGUAUGCUGAAUGCUACAUGAAAAUCACUUGACUAAAAACUGCCCCCUCCUUUCCAAAUAAGUGCAUUUAUUUCCUGUAUGUACAACUGACAGAUGACCGCAAUAAUGAAUGAGCAGUUAGAAAUGCAUUAUGCUUGAGAUGUUGUAACCUAUUCCCGAAUGCCUUCUUGUUUUCCAAAGGAGCGGCCAGGCCCUUACCCAGCACUCUCCGGGAAGAGCUGCAGCAGGUAAUGUAGGGCACUGGCCACUGAGCACUUUCCACUGGAGUCUACUCUCAGUUGCUUCUGUGCAAUAAAACCAAGUGCUUCUACAAUAA